AUGUCAAACAGUAACCAAUGUGUGUAUAUCAAGUUUGUGUUGCAUGGACACAUCAAAGUGUUUGAUAACGAGUCCAACGUGAUGAUACAAACCCAAUACUAUAUGAAUAUCCAAGUUGAUGAAUUAAGUCGAGUGAUGUCACGGCUUGAAUGUCAACGAGUUAGACAGUCGACAAUAUGGGUGAUUGUGAUUUGGUCAAACCGCAACACUUGCAUAUCAUUGAGUCGGUUUGGUGUGUGUGGUUGCCCUGAUACUACUCUUCCAGCUCCAACAGCGAGCCAUCGUAUAAAGGGAUUCCUUUCUCAGAGUCGCAUUCACAUGUAUAAAGGUGAAACAACACUAACCCUGACAACACUAGUUCCUUAG